GCGUUGUUUGAAUCGUUUGUCUUUUGUGGUGGCUCUGUCCUAUGCCCAGGGGCAUCGAUAACUGUCAAGUGAUAACGCGCGAGCAUAGCUGAUCUGCAUAAUAUUACAAAAGCGUAAUAAAACAAUAAAGAACAAGAUGAGGCAUACAUUUCCAUUGUUUGCCUGCAUCGCCAUCGUUGUUGCCAGCGCGUUUACAAUUAAUACCGCCUCGGCCUGUCCCCGGGCCCCAACACAUCUGCCCCAUGGACGUCGCACGCGCGGCGAUAAUGGAUACAAAUUAAUUGUAGCUGAGGGGCCCAACGGUUAUGUGCCCGGAAAGACAUAUAAUUUACUGUUACUUGGUUCACGCACACACACCAAAAUCCAGCACUUUACCCACUUCAGCAUCGCAGCAGAGGCGCAUUCUGGUUCUCGACGCCCACAGGCAGCUAGUCCACGGCGCGUAGGUCGGUUCCAGCUCUUUAGCGACUCCCUCACCAAGUUCAACGAUCGUUGCGUGAAUACAGUUUCGGAAGCAGAUGAUUUGCCCAAAACUGAGGUGCAAGUUAUGUGGGUGGCGCCUGAGACCGGAUCCGGCUGCGUAGCGCUCUCAGCUAUGAUAUACGAGGGCCCACGAGCAUGGUUUUCUGACGAUGGCCAACUUACCCAAGUGAUAUGUGAACGUAAGCCUGAUGCGGUUGCGGCACAGAAGGAAUGCUGUGCCUGUGAUGAAGCAAAGUACAGCUUUGUUUUUGAAGGUAUCUGGUCAAAUGAGACGCAUCCAAAAGACUAUCCUUUUGCAAUUUGGCUAACGCAUUUCUCUGAUGUGAUUGGCGCUUCACAUGAAUCGAACUUUUCGUUUUGGGGAGAGCAUCAUAUAGCUACUGAUGGCUUCCGUUCGUUGGCAGAAUGGGGAUCGCCUGCAGCUCUUGAAACUGAGCUACGUGCGUAUGGUCCCAAGUUACGCACACUAAUCAAAGCCGCGGGCCUUUGGUAUCCCAAUGUUAAUCAAAACACUUCAUCAAAGUUUCGAGUGGACCGCAAGCAUCCUAAGGUAUCAUUAGUCUCCAUGUUUGGCCCUUCACCUGACUGGGUGGUAGGAAUCAGUGGAGUAGAUUUAUGCACGGCAGACUGCAGCUGGAAGGACUCGUUAGAUUUCGAUUUGUAUCCCUGGGAUGCCGGUACCGAUAGUGGAAUUACAUACAUGUCUCCCAAUGCUGAGACACAGCCACGUGAGCGUAUGUACCGCAUUACUACCAUGUAUCCAGAGGAUCCACGUGCGCCUUUCUACGAUCCACAGAACCGCGAGAUGACCCCAUUGGCUAAGCUUCACAUACGACGCGAGAAGAUUGUAUCUCGCAGCUGUGAUGACGAUUUUCUACAGGCCCUGCAAUUAGAGGUUUCUGACGACACUGAUGAACAGGACACACGUGCCGAGUGCCGCGUUAGUGAUUACACCGCAUGGAGUCCUUGCUCCGUUACUUGUGGCAAGGGAAUACGCAUGCGUACUCGUUAUUAUCACAAUCCCCAGUCAGCAGAGGUAGCCAACUGCAAUCGUCAGCUCGUGUCCAAGGAAAUGUGCGUGGCCCCUGUUCCGGAAUGUAGCGACACCGCUCAGGAAAAAGAUGAUGAUGAGGGUGAAAAUCUGGCUAACGCGCAAUCGUUGGUCACCGCUGAUGGUGAAGGUGCUGGUAUUUGUAAAACAUCACCAUGGAGCGUGUGGUCCGAGUGCUCCGCCAGCUGUGGUAUUGGCAUUACAAUGCGCACGCGAACCUUUGUGAAUCAUCUGGGACGGAAACGCUGUCCUCACAUUACGAUUGUGGAGAAGAAUAAGUGCAUGCGACCGGAAUGUACCUACGAACAGGUGGAAUUGCCAGAUCCCAUCUGCCCCACUACUCAGUGGAGUGACUGGAGUCCUUGCACAUCGACCUGUGGUCGCGGGGUAACAAUACGCACGCGCUUGUUACUACUGGAGGAUGGACCAGAGAAGGAGAACUGCACUAAGCGCAUGGAGCUGCACCAGCAGAAGGAGUGUAAAAAUCCACAGGACUGUCACAUCAAUAUGGAAAUGGCCAAGGAUAUUUGCGCGCAACGCUACGAUGCGGGACCAUGUCGAGGAAGCUACAUGCGCUAUGCCUACAAUUCAGCUUCGGGACGCUGUGAUUCCUUUAGCUAUGGUGGCUGUCGUGGCAACCGCAAUAACUUUUUAACUGAAAACGAUUGCAUGCGCACAUGCAGUAUGACUAGGAUAGGUUUUGAACCAACAGCCACAUCGACGGGACCGACUGACAAUUCAUCUUCGUUGCCUAAAGACUGCGUUAUGUCCGAGUGGUCCAACUGGUCAGCGUGCAGUGUAAGCUGUGGUGUUGGGUACUCUGAGGGACAUCGGUAUGUUAUCAGCGAGCCACAAAAUGGUGGCCAGCCCUGCCCAAAGCGCACAGUCAAGCAUCGUCGUUGUACAAUGCCACCCUGCUAACCUUUUUUAAAAUUUUAUCUAUAUCUUCAAAAUUAAAAAAAAGAAAUUAUUUCUACAAUUGAAAUAACUAAAGGGGGAAACAAUUUAAGUCGGAACAUAGUACGAAGACCUAGACUGUAAGAUCUGUAAAGUACAUUAUCCACUAUAACACGAAAGCAAAAAUAAAUACCAACGACAAAUGUUAUAACACGCA